AUGAUGAAACCCAGUCUCGGCAUCCUACUUGUCCAUGCCCUGUGCUUGGCAUCUGCCCUGGUAACAGGGCCUUCUUCGGUCCUUCGUCAUGUCAGGAGAAAUCCGUUCGAUAGCUGUUCCAUCGGCAAUCGAUAUUCUAGCCACAAUGACCACACCAUCAGCAGGACGACUCCUCAGACUUCGUUUGCCAUUUCUCCCGAGAGUGCGGAUUACCAAGAGUCCAUCAAGGGAAACUUUACGGCUGUGGUUGCCACCACCGACAAGCAGAAUAAGGGAUUCAUUAACAACAGUAAUAUCACUUCGUUGGUGACUGGAAUCAAUGCACUGCAAGCUUGCACGGCAGGUCUUUGUCUAGUGGGAAGACUGCCAGUGCUCAAUGGUGUCUUGUCCUUUUUGGUGGGAAAAGGCGUUUUGCUCAUUGGCAUUGCAGUAAUGGCACUUGCUUGGAAUGAAACAAGGAAUCCUGUGGUAGACAAGGACGACAGCAGGUUAUUGACCACGACUGGACUCUACUCUCAAAUACGGCAUCCAUUCUUGGCUGGACAAUGGAUGGCACUCAUUGGUUUUGCCGGCUGCUUCGGUAAGAAGCAAAGUCCCAUUCGAUACCUCUUUGCCAGUCUCUAUUAUUUGGUCUUGAGGAAAAAGGUGGAAUUGCAAGAACAAGAAUUGGAGCAACAAUUUGGGCACGAAUACCAAGUGUACAAGGUUCUAGUAAAGGGUCAGCUGAUACCACAUGCUAUAUCGUCGAAAUUUUUUCCCACGCUCAGUGAAGGAUAA